GCAGGGUAACCGGGGAUGUGGGAACCUCUUUCCUGUCAUAUGGACAGCUCACAUGAUGGUUUCUGUUUCCAUCUGAAUACCCGCCUUUCUCUCUUUGUUACAGAUGUCAUGUACUUUCCACCCAAAAUCCUGACAAGCGUUGGCUCGAAUGCUUCCUUUCAUUGCAUCUACAAAGAUCAAAACCAAAUUAUUUCCUCAAAGCAGAUAGUUUGGUGGAUGAAUCUGGCUGAGAAAAUCCCUGAAACGCAGUAUAGCGUUGUGGGUGACCACGUUAGCAAAGUUACGUUCUCCAACUUGAAAGCCACCCGACCUCGCGGGAAGUUUGCCUAUGACGCAGUGUACUGCUGCAGUGAGCAGGAGUGCCACCACCGCUACGCCGAACUGUAUGUGAUCGAUGUCAAUAUCAAUAUAUCAUGUGAAACUGAUGGGUACUUAACUAAAAUGACUUGCAGAUGGUCACCCAGCACAAUCCAAUCACUCGUGGGAAGUACUGUGCAGUUGCGGUAUCACAGGAGCAGCCUGUACUGUUCUGAUAGUCCCUCUAUUCAUCCUACGUCUGAGCCCAAACACUGCAUCUUGCAGAGGGAUGGCUUCUAUGAGUGUGUUUUCCAGCCGAUCUUCCUAUUAUCUGGCUAUACAAUGUGGAUCAGGAUCAACCACUCUUUAGGUUUGCUUGACUCUCCACCGACAUGCGUCCUUCCUGACUCCGUAGUAAAACCACUACCUCCUUCUAGUGUGAAAGCAGAAAUUACCGUAAACAUUGGCUUACUGAAAAUAUCUUGGGAAAAGCCAGUCUUUCCAGAGAAUAACCUUCAGUUCCAGAUUCGAUAUGGCUUAAGUGGAAAAGAAAUGCAAUGGAAGAUACAUGAUGUAUUUGAUGCAAAAUCAAAGUCGGCCAGCCUGCCAGUGCCAGACCUGUGUGCAGUGUAGGCGCAGGUGCGCUGCAGGCGCUUGGAUGGCCUCGGGUAUUGGAGUAACUGGAGCAGCCCGGGCUAUACGCUUAUCAUGGACGUAAAAGUUCCUUUGCGAGGACCUGAGUUUUGGAGAAUAAUGGAUGGCGAUGUCACUAAGAAGGAGAGAAAUGUCACCUUGCUCUGGAAGCCCCUGAUGAGCAAUGCCUCACUGUGCAGCGUGAGGAGGUAUGUGGUGCAGCACCAUAAUGCCCACAAUGGGAUGUGGUCAGAAGACGCAGGAAAGCAGACCAAUCUCACUUUCCUGUGGGCAGAGCAAGCACACACGGUCACAGCUGCCAUUAAUUCCAUUGGUGCUUCCCUUGCCAAUUUCAACCUAACCUUCUCAUGGCCCAUGAGCAAAGUGAGUGUUGUGCAGUCACUCAGUGCUUACCCGCUGAGCAGCAGUUGUGUGAUCCUGUCCUGGACACUGUCCCCUGCUGAUUACAAUCUAUUAUACCUGGUUAUCGAGUGGAGGAAUCUUAAUGAAGAUGAUGGAAUGAAAUGGCUUAGAAUCCCUUUGAACGUCAAGAAGUAUUAUAUCCAUGAUAAUUUUAUUCCUAUUGAGAAAUAUCAAUUUAGCCUUUACCCAGUAUUUAUGGAAGGAGUUGGAAAACCAAAGAUAAUUAAUGGUUUCACUGAAGGGGAUAAGGACAAGCAGCGGAAUGAUGCAGGGCUGUAUGUGAUCGUACCCAUAAUUAUUUCCUCCUGUGUCCUCCUGCUUGGAACACUGCUAAUCUCACACCAGAGAAUGAAAAAGUUAUUUUGGGAAGAUGUUCCAAACCCCAAGAAUUGUUCCUGGGCACAAGGACUUAAUUUCCAAAAGCCUGUAACAUUUGAGCAUCUUUUUACCAAGCAUGCAGAAUCAGGGAUAUUUGGUCCUCUUCUUCUGGAGCCUGAACCCAUUUCAGAAGAAAUCAGUGUCGAUACAGCUUGGAAAAAUAAAGAUGAGAUGGUACCAGAAACUAUGGCCUCCCUUCUUUUGAGCACUCCAGACCCUGAAAGGGGUUCUAUUUGCCUUGGUUACCAGUGUAACAGUGCUAAAUUCUCUGGGGCUCAGAGCAUCCAGGUGACCUGUGAGGAUGAGUGUCAGAGACAACCCUCAGUUAAAUAUGCAACACUGGUCAGCAACUCCAAGCCAGUUGAAACUGAUGAUGAGCAAGGGCUGAUACAUAGUUCUGUCAGCAAAGGUUCCUCCAGCAAACACUCCCCAUGGAGAGCAUCUUUCUCUGGCAGCACCUGGGAGAUAGAGGCCCAAGCAUUUUUCCUAUUAUCACAUCAGCAACCCAGAAUGAUUUCCCCACAACUUUCAUUCUCAGGUUUGGAUGAGCUUUUGGAACUGCAGGGAAAUUUUGCCGAAGAAAAUCAUAGUGAAAAGUCUGUUUAUCUAGGGGUCAAGUCACUAAAAAAAAGAGAGGAUGGUAUGUUUUUGACUGAUGAGUCAGGAGCAUUGUGCCCAUUCCCAGCCCACUGUCUGUUCAGUGACAUCAGAAUCCUCCAGGACAGCUGCUAACACUUUGUAGAAAAUAAUUUGACACUAGGGACCUCUGGUAAGAUGAUCUGUGUACCAUACAUUCCCCAAUUUCAAACAUGUUCCAUUCAGAGUCAUAAGAUAAUGGAGACUAAGAUGUGUGACUUAACGGUGUAA